CCCAGGAGCAGAGCUCAGGCCUUUCAGCACUGGGCCAGCUCCAGCACCAUGGCUGGCUUCUGGCAGAUGACCCUAGCCUGCUGGAAAUACCUGAUCGUAGUGCUAGUGCCCCUUUUGUUUCUGCCUCUGCCUCUGGCUAUUGAUACCAAGGAGGCCCGAUGUGGUUACGUUAUCAUCGUGAUGGCACUGCUUUGGUGCACAGAAGCCUUGCCGUUGGCUGUCACAGCACUCUUUCCCGUCCUGCUCUUCCCACUCAUGAAUAUCAUGGAUUCAACAGCAGUCUGCAGGGAGUAUUUGAAGGACACCAAUAUGCUUUUUAUUGGGGGACUGCUGAUGGCCAUUGCUAUUGAGAAGUGGCACCUACACAAGCGCAUUGCUCUGCGGGUCUUACUAAUCACUGGUGUCAAACCAGCCCUACUUCUCAUGGGUUUCAUGGUUGUGACUGCCUUCCUGUCAAUGUGGAUCAGCAACACAGCCACCACUGCCAUGAUGGUGCCGAUAGCACAGGCAGUGUUGGAUCAGUUGCAUAGGUCAGAAAUGGAGUCUAAAACAGCUGGCCAGGAGUCUGAGAACAUCAAUAAAGCCUUUGAACUGCAAGAAGAGCCAACUAAACCAAAUAACUCCACAGAAACAGAGCAAAAAGGUGAUAGCAAUGUUCUGGCAAUCGAGGAAGACACACAGAGAAACGAAAAUCUUCAAGACGAGAAGCACAAGAAACUCUCCAAGGGACUGUCUCUCUCUAUUUGUUACUCAGCCAGCAUUGGAGGGAUUGCAACUCUGACUGGGACAACACCAAAUCUGGUACUGAAAGGACAAGUUGAUGAGCUCUUUCCUGGCAAUGGUAACAUCAUCAACUUUGCCUCUUGGUUCUCUUUUGCUUUUCCCACGUCCGUCGUGUUGCUGGUUUUGGCCUGGAUUUGGCUGCAGAUAUUGUACUUGGGCUUUAAUUUUCAGAAGAAUUUUGGUUGUGAUAGAAGUCCUUCUGCAAAGGCUAAGGAGCAACAGGCCUACGCGAUUAUCAGGGAGGAGAACAAGAAACUGGGCUCGAUGAAGUUUGCAGAGAUAGCAGUUUUGGUUCUCUUCAUACUGCUGGUACUGCUCUGGUUUACCAGAGACCCUGGUUUCAUACCAGGUUGGGCAACUGUUCUCUUCAACAAAAAUAACACAAGCUUUGUUACUGAUGCUACAGUUGCCAUCUUCAUUUCAAUUUUGUUGUUCAUCAUCCCUUCUGAAUUUGCUACCAGCACUAAAGACAAACAACAAGCAGGCAGCAAGCCAAAGGUCCUAGCACCCCCAGCUCUCUUGGACUGGACAUCGGUUCACCAGAAAAUGCCAUGGAACAUUGUACUUCUGCUGGGAGGUGGUUUUGCCUUAGCCAAAGGCAGCGAGGAAUCUGGUCUGUCUGCAUGGUUAGGCACAAAAUUGACUCCUCUGCAGGAAAUCCCUCAUCCAGCCAUUGCUCUCCUGUUGUGUCUCCUUAUUGCUACUUUCACUGAGUGCACCAGCAACGUGGCCACUACUACUCUCUUUCUCCCUAUUCUGGCUUCAAUGGCUCAAAAGAUCUGCCUCAAUCCACUCUAUGUCAUGCUGCCCUGCACACUUUCUGCAUCACUGGCGUUCAUGCUCCCAGUGGCCACUCCCCCUAACGCCAUCGUCUUCUCAUAUGGACAUCUCAGGGUUGUAGAUAUGGCCAAAGCUGGAUUUGUACUCAACCUCCUGGGUGUCCUGACGAUAACUCUAGCCAUCAACACCUGGUCUUCAUCCUUGUUCAAACUGCACACCUUCCCAUCCUGGGCAAACGCGACAGGCUUGUGCUAGUAAUACGGAGACAUAAGGGAAACAACUACUGUAUCUCUUAGGACUGCAGUGUGAGCAAGACACAAGUCUUGCUGAGGCAGCGGUUGAGAGACGGGCCUCCUCUGUGGAAAAGGACACCUACAAACAAAAUCAUUCAGUUGAUAGCAGCAAUAGAAUUGCCCAACAGUGCUGUUCUAGCAGGCAAUUUUGUUACCCCAGCAGUAAGACAAGACAGUAACCUCUGGCUUUUCAACAGUUCCAGGUAUCUUCAGAUUUUCUGUUUGCACAGGGGUAAAUUUUCCCCAACUACAUCAUUUCUCAAGCUCUGUGUGUAACGUCCGAAAUCUGCAGUGAGAAAGAAGAGAGGUGUGCACGUAGAAGGAAGAAGGGAGACCGUAUGUACCUGAUUUCAUGCCUGUAUCUGUUUCACCACAGCUCGUGUGAAUAUUCACCUCUAUGUGAGCAUACAGGCCUCUGUGUUCAGCACGUACAUACAUAAGAUUGUUGUGUACUCUGUGGGCACUCAGCACGGUAUGUGUUGCAUGAUUACAGACAAAUCACAUACUCUCAGCCUAUUUUAUCACUUUGAAAUGUAUUUAUUUACAAGCCCAUUCUGUUAUGGAUGUAAAAGACUUUUUUUCCUAGAACAUCCAUCCCAUUUUAUUUAUGUAAGAUUAAAGUCUACAAGGUCAUGGCAGGAAGAGCAAUAUUCUCUUGUGAAAGGUUAGAAGCCUUGUGCCCUGUAAUGUGUAUAUGAUUGAAUUAAAGAUUUUUUUUUAUGUAUCCUGUGUGUUAUGGAGAUUUUUUCUAUUAC